GAUUUUCAUGUGAAGGGUAUUUGUUUCGAUUUACCUGAGGAAGAAUUUUCAAAAUUUCAGAAUGUUCCGGAUGAGUGUCUCGCCUUUACCAUGGACAAUGCGACCAAGCAAGUUCCCAUCCGCUAAUCCCUACUUUAUUUUCUUUGACCACUUUCGGAUUAAUCUUCAAAAGCGGGACAUUUGCCAUCUGAAACCGAUUUCCUUGGCCAAAAUAGCCGGCAGAAAAUGGCGAGAAAUGACAACCGCCCAAAAAUCAGUUUUUGUGCAGAUAGCCGAAAUAAAUCGAGCCAGGCUUAGGGCCCGUGGUCGCCCCAGUGUUCCAGUUGUGGGACUUGGAAAGUUUUUCAACGUUUAACUUAAAAUGACACAGAAGCAUUAGCAAUUCCCGCCACUAGUUCAAAUUUUCACGAGCCACUACCAACACUUCUAUAUCAUCGCACAGCUGCUAAUUCGACGUUCACCACACUGGCAAUAGUUGUGGUCUGUAAAAAAGAGCAAUUUUACGAAAGUACAGCAUGAGUUCGGGCUUUGUGACUGAAGCUGAGGCGACCGAGCAAAGGCAGAGACGUCAGGAGGAAUGGGAGCGUGUACGCCAGCCGGAGGAUCCACUAGAACGACCUGAGGAACCCUACGAUGGGCGCUCACUUUAUGAACGCCUCAAACAAAAUAAGGACAAGAAGGACAUGGAGUUCGAGGAAGCCCACAAGCUGAAAAACCUCAUCCGUGGUCUGGACGAUGAUGAGGUGCAGUUUCUGGAAUUGGUCGAUGCCCAUAAAAUACACGCGGAGCGCCAGCAAAUGCGCGACGAGGAGCUAGAACUAAAGGAUUUUCGCAAUCGUGUGGAAAAGCUGCAGGAGGAGAGUGUAGACAAGAAACUGCAAGCUGAACUAAAAACCACAGCGAAGUCCGCGGGAGCUUCGGUCGGGCGUAGCACUCAGAAGACGCUGCUCGGCCAGGGCAUCAAGAGAAAAAACGGCGAACUGCCCACCACCAGUAAAGUAGCCAAAAUCACUGAGAAUGAGGUCGAACAGACAGCGACAAAUGAAGCAACCAAGGACCCUGCUGAUAAGACAACGAACACCACAUUAAUUACAAACAAAUACAACCAGGGGGCCCUAAAGUGCAUCGCUAUACUUCCGGGCAUCGGCUCCUACACGGAGUCUAGUGACUCGGAGGCCAGCACCGAUGAGGAGGAACCCAGUAUGUGCAGCCGAACCGACUUAUGUGGCCGCAAAAUUCCCAAGAAGAAGCAGUGCUCAGAGUAGGAUCAACUUUUUAUUUGGAUUCUUAAAGUGUAGUUUUUCCUUGCAAGAAAAUAUAGCCUAGAGUGUAAACGU